AUGAGCGACUCUGCGCGGCUUUCCUUUGAAGCAUACAGCGACCCAAAGCUCAAGGGCAAGGUACAGGUGCAGGUGUCGUAUGGCUUUAAGGUAGCGCUGGUGGCCCUCGACUGCCUCUUCCUCGGUCUUCAGCCCGUCUUGGUCCACUUGUCCAAGAACAGCAAGGGCACCUACUCCUUCCACCCAGUGGCGCGGUUCUGCUGUGCCGUACUGUCUCUUUUCCUCCCUGCUCAUUUGCUUGUAAACUUCAUGGUGGAGCUGGCCAAGACUUUGUUUGCCCUGGUGGUGCUCAUGUUCACGGGCACGGGGCGCCCGGGAGCUCCCAUGUACCGCUCGCUGAGGGGCUUCCUUGUGGAUGCCCACCACAAUCGACUUCUUGCCGUACCUGCCGUGCUGUACGCCAUUAACAACCUCCUCAAGUUUUCUAUGCAGGUGUGGCUCCAAUCGUGCGGCUCCGCCCCCAACCCCGACUUGCACGUGCCCCUGCUACCCGCGGCACUCUGCACUCUGGGGACCGUCACGGUGCCGGCGGCCGCCUCGGUGUACAACGAGUUUGCACUGAAAAAACACAUGGACACGAGCGUGCAUCUGCAGAACUUCUUCCUAUACCUCUACGGGGCGGUUUUCAAUUUCGGUUUUCUGGCGGUUACAGCUUUUCGUCAGAAGCAAGCGUUGGGGCAGAUGUUUCAGGGUAGGUCGGGGGGUGAAGGGGGAAGGGGGCCCGAUCUCUGUCCGUUCGGCGCGGUGAUGGGGGGCCCCUGGUUUGGGGCCGGCAGUUUGGCGACGUUAGUUGGCUGCGACAAGCGACAAGUUGGCACCGCCGGGGAAGGUCUGUCCCUGAUCACGUACCUGCUCAUCGCCAACAACGCCGCUCAGGGGUUGCUGUCAUCCUUCUUUUACAAGUUUGCGGACACCAUCCUCAAAAAGUACUCGUCCACCAUCGCCACCAUCUGGACGGCACUGCUGUCGUUCGCCAUGUUUGGCCACGAGCUCACCAUCAACUUCUUCCUGGGGGUGUCGAUUGUGUUUGUGUCCAUGCACCAGUUCUUCACGUUUGGCGACAAGGGCAAGCCCGGGGAGACCCGCAGCAAGAUGUUGUACAGCCCCUCCCUGGACCACAUCGCACUAGCAGGAGGGGGCUCAGCAGGGGGGUUGUCGGGGGCCCAGGGGGAGGGGGGGGACAUGCGCCGCCCGCUGCUGCCUCGGUGAUGUGGGCCGGGUGGACGGCGGCUGCUGAGCUGCGAAUACCCACCUUCCCCGGCCCCCUCCCAACUCGUUCGUGGUUCGUCUUCUCUUGUCUCCCCGCCCUCCCAACACCCUUGGGCAUCUCAUCGGCGCGUUUGCUGGACGGUUAGACGGUUGACGCGCGAGAGCCGCCAUUCAGCUGGGUCGUUUGGAAAGCCAUGGUUGCCUCGUAUUUGAAAGCUAUAGGGGGUAAUAGUAGCAGCAGCAGCAGUAGUAGUAGUAGUAGUAGUAGUAGUAGUAGUAGUAGUAGUAGUAGUAGUAGCAGCAGCAGCAGUAGCUAUGCUCUACUGCUGCGCGACCGUGAUGGCGGCGGAGACUGGGCGGGAGAGGCGGGAAAAAGGGAGAGGCGAUGUUUGGGUCGCAGAGGGUGUGUGUGUGGGGGGGUGGAGGUGGUGCGAUGCCGGCAGACGACAUUUUAACCCCGCAGCAUUUGGACCUUGCAUUUCGCAUUUUGCAGAUAAUAACAUAUUGUGAACACAGCAGCGGUGACUCACUGGCAAAAGAGAACGAUACGACAGCUGCUGUGUGGUGUGAUCUGUCGUAAGGGCUUUAAAAGCCUUUGGAGUGACGGAGGGGCCCUGCUCCUGCAUACGCGCUUUCCCACCCUUGUUUGCGCCUUCUGCGUUCGUGUUUGUGUGCGCGAGAGACGUGUGUGUGCGUCAAUCAACCGGCGUAUUUAAUGCUGCUUGUGCGAAUAUAUAAAUGUCUCCGUCGGUAUCUAUACAUGUUUACUUGUGUUUUGUGCGGCUUGUGUGUGUGUGUGUGGUGGGUGUCGGUAUCUGUGUGCGGGCAGGUUUUCAUUUCUCUUGGUGAGCAUUGGGGACCGCGGCGCGAAUGGGAAUCGUCGAAUGUGGACGGUCUCCUGUUGUCUUGUCCUGGUCUGGUCUGGUGUGCGGACUCUUCAGGGUUGUGUGCAGACUCAGUCCU